AUGGAAGACCUACUGAUCUCUAUACAGGGUGUCCCAGAACNCCCAGGCAAGUCGGGAGGCUCGACGGAACGAAAUUUAUACGGACCUCUGCUUCCACCUCAGUGCGGUUUCAGUAAUGUCUUUCGCCCGAGGAUAGUCGGUGGAAUGCCAGCGAAACUCAACGCAUUGCCUUGGAUGGCUGCACUAGGAUUUAAAAAAACUCCAACUUCUGAAUUGGAAUGGAAUUGCGGUGGUUCUCUCAUAUCGGCCAGACACGUAUUAACCGCUGCCCAUUGCGCGGAACGUAACGACCUUGUCGUUGUUCGCCUCGGGGACUUGGAUCUGAAGAGAGACGACGAUGGAGCACAUCCCAUUGACUUGAGAUUCGAGAAAAAGAUCAUUCAUUCUGAAUACAACAAGAGUAUGCAUAUAAACGAUGUUGCUAUCCUGAGACUGGAGCGUGAUGUACAAUUUACGUAUAAUAUACAUCCCAUUUGUCUUCCUGUGGGGAAGAUUGCAGAACGGGACUUCGUAAACACUAGGCCUUUCCUUGCAGGAUGGGGUACUAUUUAUUUAAAUGGACCACGGAGCGAUGUACUUAGAGAAGUACAAAUACCAGUAGUUACCACCCAAACUUGAGCCGCGGCUUUUUCUGCGUUCACAAGUUCAAUCAUCGUUGAUGAUCGGUUGAUAUGCACACGUGGAAACGGUGGGAGAGAUGUUUGCGAGGGUGACAGUGGUGGUCCGGUGAUGUUACCGAUAAAUAGAUGGUUCUAUGAAAUUGGAGUAAUAUCUUCUGGUUUUAAAUGCGCCGAGCCCGGAUUUCCUGGACUUAGUAGCAGGGUUACGAGCUUCCUCCAAUUUAUUAUAUCAAAUUUACAAUAAAUCGAUGCCAUUGUAUUAAUCUAUC